CCGGCGAGGCGCGGUUGAAAAAAAGGCAGGGAUGUACGUAAUUGCGUAAAUGCGCCCUUGGUUCUUAUCCGGCGAGUUUUGUUGCACGGCAUAGGGAAAGGGAAACGGAGGAGGAGGGCAAAGAAUGACAGGGGUUACUCUCGAAGAGUUGAGGAAGAGAAUGGCGGAGUUUUCAAAGGAAAGGGACUGGGAUCAGUUUCAUAGCCCUAGAAAUCUCCUUUUGGCUCUGGUGGGAGAAGUGGGAGAGCUGUCCGAGAUAUUUCAGUGGAAAGGGGAGGUUCCAAGAGGACUGCCUGAUUGGAAAGACGAAGAGAAGCAACACCUGGGUGAAGAACUUUCAGACGUCCUGCUCUAUCUUGUUAGGCUUUCUGAUAUAUGUGGCAUUGAUCUUGGUGAAGCUGCACUUCGUAAGCUGGAGCUCAAUGCUAUUAAAUACCCGGUCAAGCUUUGCAAGGGCUCCUCCGAAAAGCACACGCAAAUCAACGCAGCUGAGAACGACAAUGGCAAUAGUAAUGGUUGUGUUACAGGCAUCAGCAAUAGUGACAGCAAAAGCAGGAGUGAUGGGGUUUGAUCUUUAUGUCCCCUAUUGACUUAUUUUCUUCUCUCCUUUCAGAGCCUUCUGUUUAUGGGAAAGUGAAUUUCGGAUAUUAUUAUAUAUAUAUAUGUCUUUCAGUAGUGUUUUUAAAGGACAGCGUCUAUGGCUGUUUGUACAGUCUUUCUCUCUC